AGCUGAUAGAUACAUAGAUGCUUCUUUUACUUUUGAUCUUUUUAAUAUUUUUAAUUUUUUUCCUUGUCUAACGAUCUUUUUCGAAAUAAAUCGAAAUUGAAAAAUAUCCGUGCCAAAGUUUUCGCGUGAUGCGCCAACCGCAAAUUUUUCAAAUUUUAGAAACCCGCGAAACGCAAAAUGCCAAAAUUGGUCCAAAAAUAAAUGCCAAAUUAAUGCGCACAGCUCUAGACUACAUUACAGGGGGACCCAAAAGUUUAGGACACACUAUUUUUGGCAUAACUUUAUUCAAGCUCAAAUAAAGAUUAAAUCAUGGGGAAUUAAAUAAGGAACAGGAAUUUUUUAAGUUUGAGCACCCUGUAUGUAUAUUCGGAUAUUCCUGAUUUAUAUUUAUGGAUAUUUUUGUUUAUUCAAUUUUUUUAUUUUUUAAAUUAUUUUCUCCUUUUAUUUCCCCCUUAUUUUUAUUUUUUUCUAAAUUAAUUUUUAAACAGUAAAUAAAUGUCAGAAUCUUCUGAAAUUCAUUCAAUUCCAAUAAUAAAUAAUUUAAACAAUUCUGGACAGCCAUUAAUUGUUGGUAUUGCUACGAGUAAAAUACAAAAUCCAUCAGAACAAAAUAAAGAGAUAGUUUCCGUUGAAGUUCACCGAAUAGUUCCUUUGGCGGAUUUAGAGGAUGAAGAUGAGGAGGAAAGUGAAAUUGAUUUAAAAGUUGAGGAAUUGGUGGAUAGGUUAGAUACGAUUGAUGAACAUGAGGAUGAAGGGAAGGGGGAAGAGGUUGAAGUAGAAGGUGAUGGGAAGGAAGUGGGAGGAAGAAGGGAAGGGGAAGAAAGAAGGAAGGAAGGGGAAGAAGGAAAAGGAGUAGUAGAAAGUGAAGAAAGGGAAGAAGACAGGAGAAAGGAUGAGGAAAUAAGAAUGAAGGAAGAUGAAGAAGGAAGAAAGGAAGAGGAAAGGAGAAGGAAGGAAGAGGAUGAAGGAAGAGAUGAAGAGGAAAGAGUAAGAAGGGAAGAGGAAGAAGAAAGAAUAAAAAAGGAAGAAGAAAUUGAAGGAGAAAGAAGAAAGGAAGAAUUUGAAAAGGAAGAAGAAGAAGGAAGAAUAAAAGACGAGAAGGAAGCACAAAUUGAAGAAAAGAAUGAAAUAAAGUCAAUUAAAUGUGAUAUUCCCAUAAUUAAAAUAGCAGAAGAAUCAGAAUUUAAAAUUUCAGAAAAUAAAAUAUCAGAAGAGAGAGUAGAGGAAAAAGGAGAGACAGAACGAGGAGAAACAGAAGGAGGAGAAACAGAAGGAGGAGGGGAAAAAGGGGAAGAUUUAAUUUUAAUAAAAGAAUUUAACAAUAAAACAAAUAAAUUUGAGACAACAAAAACUUUAAACGAAUAUUUUAAAUUUAACAAAGAAGAAGAUAAGGAAAGAAAUAAAAAUGUUGUAGAAAAUAGAAUAGCUGAUGAAAUGAUUUCUGAAAUGUUUAAUAAAAUAAAUGGAGGAAAAGAAGAAGAGGAGAAUUUAACAAUAGAAAUGGAAAUAAAAAAUUCUGACAGAUUGUCUUCAUUUUUAAUAGAAAGAGUGAUUUUAGAAAAUAAUAAUGUUUAUAUUGAACCUUUUAUUGAAGAUGUGAGUCAACAAAAAUGUUCUGAUUUUAAUAAAUUUGAAGAAUUAAUGGGAAAAGAAAAGGAGAAGGAAGAAAUAGUGGGGGAGAGAGAUUUCAAAAAUAUUUCAGAAUUUAAUAAUUCUGAAAUCAGAAUAAGAGAACAGAAAGAAAGGGAAGAGGAAGGAAAAGAAAAACCAGAAUUUAAUAAUUCUGAAAUCAGAAUAAGAGAACAGAAAGAAAGGGAAGAGGAAGGAAAAGAAAAACCAGAAUUUAAUAAUUCUGAAAUCAGAAUAAGAGAACAGAAAGAAAGGGAAGAGGAAGGAAAAGAAAAACCAGAAUUUAAUAAUUCUGAAAUUAAAAUAGAAGAACAGGAAGAGAAAGAAAAAUCAGAAUUUAAGCAAUACAAAAUAGAACCAGAAUUUAAUAAUUCUGAAAUCAGAACAAAAGAACAAAAGGGAAGAGAAGAGGAAGGAAAAGAAAAAUCAGAAUUUAAUAAUUCUGAAGUCAGAACUAAAGAAGAACAAAGGACAUUAGAGUCCUGUUUUGAUUCUAUUUAUGGAUUUAACAAUAACAAUGAUCAAAAGCCAGAACAAAUAAUUUUUCAAGAAGAAGAAAAAAAUAUAAAAAUAAAUAUUAUUAAAAAUGACGAGAAAAAUAAUAAUAUUAAAAUAGAAAAUAAAAAGAAUAAUAUAAAAGCAGCAGAAAUUGAACUUUGUAAAAUGGUAGAGGAAUUAAAAGCUUUACAACAAAUGGAAGAAGAAUCAGAAUUUUUAAAAAAUUCUGAAAAUAAAAUAAAAGAGCAGAAAGAAGUGAGAGACAGAGAGAAAGCAAAAUCAGAAUUUUUAGACAGUAAAAUAAAAUCAGAAUUUAAAAAUUCUGAAAUUAAAGUGAAAGAGGGAGAGAAUGGUUUUAUAAAAACAGAAGAAACAGAAGGGACAACAGAAAUGGCUAGAGAAAAAAAUCAGAAUAAUUUAAUAAAAAUAAUUCCAAUAGAAAAAGAAGCAGAAAAUAAUUAUAAAAUUCAGAAUAAAUUUAAUUCGACAACAAAUAUUAUUCCAAUAAAAAUAGAAACAAAACAAGAAGCUUCAAAAUUUUAUCAAUUUCCCUUUGCUUCUACUUUUAAUAAUAAUAAAAAUAUUUAUUUAUCUUCUACCUUGCCUAAAACAACGAAACAGCCUCAACAGCCUCCGCCUCCCGGGCAACACUCCCCUUUUGGAUAUUUUAAUAAUCAAGGGGAGGGGGAAGAAGAAGAUUUUAGAUUAUCCCCCAAAACACUUUGUCGAAUUAAAAAAUUAAAUAUUAUAAUGAAUACUGAACAAGGACCUUUUAAUAAUGAGUGUAAUGGUGAAGUAAUUAAUGGAGAGGGAAAAGAUUCUGCAGAUGUAAUUCAUCAUCAUCCAAUUUUUGUAAAAGAUACUAGUCGUUUUUGGUAUAAACCAAAAAUUAGUAGAGAAGAAGCAAUUUCAAUGCUUAAAAAUAAACCUCCAGGAACUUUUGUUGUUCGCGACAGUAAUUCUUUUCCGGGCGCUUUUGGUUUGGCAUUAAAAGUAGCCCAGCCGCCUGCUGGGGUUGUGCCAGCUGAUGGAAGUGAAUUAGUUAGACAUUUCUUGAUUGAGCCAAGUCCAAAAGGUGUUCGUCUGAAAGGUUGUUCUAAUGAACCCGUUUUUGGUACAUUAGCAGCACUUGUAUAUCAACAUUCAAUUACUCCUUUAGCUUUACCUUGUCGUUUAAUUUUACCUUCAAUUGACCCAGCAACAACACCAGAAAGUAUUAAUUCAAAUCAAGCUUUACUUGAACGUGGAGCUGCUUGUAACGUGACUUAUUUAUGUUCUGUUGAUACCGAAAGUUUGACAGGCCCUGAAGCUGUCCGUCGAUCAACAGCAUUUGUUUUAAAAUUAUUAUUGAGGCAUGAACUUCGUGCUGUGCCUAUUCACAUAAAAGUAUCUGUGCAAGGAAUUACUUUAACUGAUAAUACUCGAACAUUAUUCUUUAGAAGACAUUACCCUGUUAAUUCUGUUACUUUUGCUGGUAUUGAUCCUGAGAAUAGAGUGUUUGUUUUUUUAUUUUAUUGA